CAGCCUUGAAGCUUGAAGGCUUGACGAGCAGGUUUCUUCGGCUUCCCAGCAUUACCCCAGGAUGGCGGACGUGUCCAGAGCAUACGCGUCUCUCGACCUCACACAUGUCAUCUACGACGCCUCCUCCCAUCUAUCGCUCCUGCUCGCCUUGCUGACGCUCAGCCCCAUUUUGCUCAUGCCAGCUUACGCGGUUUUAGCCGUGCAAACGCGCGAGCUGACCAUCAUCAACAUGUGGGCGGGGCAGCUGUUGUCGGAGGUGCUGAACUUGGUAGUGAAGCAUAUAGUCAAGGAAGAACGACCUGCUGACAGUGAGCUGCGCCUGAACGGGUAUGGCUUCCCUUCGUCGCACAGCCAGUACAUGGGCUUCUUCGCGAUGUUCCUCUACUGCCACAUGUUCUUCCGGCACCGUUUCGCGUCGACGGGGUAUCCUAUCCUUGACCAGCUUUUCAGAGUCGUUGUGUACGUUGGUAUCACCGCUUGGACAGGUGUUGUCGCGUACUCGAGACUGCAUCUCCAGUACCACGCUCAUCAUCAAGUCUACUGGGGCUUGGGCAUCGGCGCAGCGCUCGCUGUCGUUCAAUACACGUUCACGGAGUAUCUGCCAGUACGCUUUCCGAACUCGAUCUGUGGACGUGCGCGGACAGCUGUCCUCGCUAACCCGAUAUCUUCGUGGCUCGGCAUUCGCGACGGUUGGGCGGUCUACUCUGACGGAGGUCGGGACGCUGAAUGGAGGAUGUGGAAAGAAAAGUGGGAUGCACAGAGACGGGCGGCAAGUGACAAGCGCCAAAACUGAGCGUUGCAGGUGCAUAGACGGGCGAACUAAAAAUAGAUCUACACUUUGGGUUGUGCAACAUUUACAUCGAUG